AUGGCGUCGGCGGCGCGACGGCUUGGCAGCGACUGUCGGCUGCGAGGUGACGUAUGCGACGCGGCCUCGGGGAUGGGUGCCCUCCGCAGCAACUCGGCUCUGGCCGAAGUCGUGGCACCGACGUACUCCGAUGCGGAGACAACCGGCGUGCACGGAACCACUGCCGGCGGUGGUGGUUAUGGGAAUUUUUCCGAUUGGAAACUGCUCCCCUGCCGCUCAGAUGCAGACAGGGACCUGGUGGAGACGGUCUGGGGAAUCGCCGGCAGCGGCGUGCCGUUCCUCUGGGUGGUCCGGUCGGGCCUGGUCACCGCGGACGGGCUGACAUGGCUGCCGGAUGGGUUCGAGGAGGCGACACGCGGGCGCGGGAUGGUGGUGGAGUGGGCGCCGCAGGAGGAGGUGCUCUGGCACGCGGCCAUGGCCGGGUUCUGGACGCACGGGGGCUGGAACUCGACGACGGAGAGCGUUUGUGAGGGGAUGCCGAAGCUGUGUCGCCCGCACUUCGGCGACCAGAUGGGGAACGCCAGGUACGUGGAGCACGUGUGGAGGGUGGGCUUCGAGGUCGCCGGCGCGCUCGAGAGGGGCGGCAUGGAGGCCGCCAUCCGGCGGCUCGUCACAAGGAGCGAGGGAGCGGAGAUGCGGGCCAGGGCCAGGGACCUGGUGGAGACGGCCUGGGGCAUCGGAGAAUACACGUGA